AUGGAACUCCCCGAGGAGGGAAAGGCCCCCCCCGGGGAGGAGGACGCCCAGAAUGGAGAAGCCGGCGGGAAAACGUUUGCCCUUUUCGAAAAUGAGAACUUCGAAUUGAAUGCAAGUGAUGAGGAGUUCGAGGAGGAGCAGCAGGACGAUGGCGAGGAGGAAGAUGGGGAGGAAGAUGGCGAAGGAAGCGGCUCCGAGAGCGAGGGCAUGUCGUACGACGAUUUGAGCAGCGGGGGGGGGAGCGACAAUGAGGAGGGUAGCGCCGAUGGGGAUGGUCUCGCCAAUGUGGAUGGCCCCGCCGAUGAGGGGGACGAGGCAACCCAGCGGGUGACGGACGUGCGCGCGCAAGUGGCGGGGGUGCUCAAAAGGAAAAGCAAAAGGAGGUGGGUAAACAGAGAAGAGCAAAUCUACCAAGACGAAAUAGGCGUCUACAGAAAGGGGCAGCUCAUGAAGAGCGAAGAUAUCGAGGACCGCAUGAAGUACCUCCUCCUGCUCUUCACCGAAAGGGACAAGGUGGUGAAGCUACCAUCCACAGGAGCCAAGGCAAAACUAAACAAAGCAGCCAUUGUGAAAGAGCUCCUUUUUUAUUACACCUAUUUCUAUGAGUACAGUGAGCAGCUAAUCAAAUAUCUAUACUACCUGUUUGACCUAAAGGAGCUCUACAUGUUCCUAGAGAUGAAUAACUUGCCGAAGGAGAUUCACUUACGAACGAACACGGUGAAGAUCACGAGGAACAAUCUAUUAAAUAUUUUGAAAAGCCAAAAUAUAAACGCAGAAGAGGGAGCCAAUUGGAACAACGUAGGGAUAGUCAUCAACGAUGCUAAUUCAAAUGUAGGGUCUCUAAAUGAAUACCUGUAUGGCUAUUACAUGCUUCAGUCUGCCUCUUCUCUAAUCCCAGUGCUCGAGUUAAAUGUAAAUCCAGAAGACACUAUAUUAGAUAUGUGUGCUGCCCCUGGGGGAAAGUGCACCUUCAUAUGCGCUUUGCAAAAGAAUAGAGGCCACGUAUACGCCAAUGAUGUUAACAAAAUGAGGUGCAAAGCUAUUGAGGCUAACGCCUCUAGGUUGGGAAUACAAAAUUUAAUAAUCACCUCCUUUGAUGCUUUAAAAAUUGGGAAAAAAUGGACCUUCCAAUUUGAUAAAAUCAUUUUAGAUGCUCCUUGCAGCGGCACAGGAGUUGUUAACAAAAAUAAAGGGGCGAGGAGAAAGACGCUGAAGGAAAUUAGGGAACUCGCACAGAAGCAAAGGAAACUGCUGAGCAAUGCCAUCAGCUUGGUGAAGAACGGAGGCAUCGUCGUCUACUCCACUUGCAGCAUCACUGUGGAGGAGAACGAACAAGUUAUAAACUACAUUUUAAAAAAAAGGGAUGUGAAUGUCUUGCCCACGGACAUCCAAAUUGGGGACCCCGGGAUCACUCACUACAGGAAGAAAGAGUUCUCCAGCAAGGUCGCCCUCUGCAGGCGGAUUUACCUGCACAAGCAUAACCAGGACAAUUUUUUCGUGGCCAAGCUGUGGAAGCGCUCGGACGCGGUCUACUCCAAGGGGGGGGGAAGCGGCGGAGUGAAAAGCGGCUUAGUGAAAAGCGGCGUGGCUCAUAAAAACGCUCGAGAGAGCAGCGGCGUGGUUGGUAAAAACGCGCGAGAUGCGGAGCGGAACGGAGAUGGGCACCCCAAGGUGGGCGCGAAAAAUAAGAAAAAGGGAAAAUUUCGAAAUGGGAAGGCAAAGAAGAAGAAGGAAAAGGCGGGCGCGCCCCCCGCGAUGCGAGGGGACAAGAAGGUGAAGAAGGGGCCCCCCUUCGGCGGAAAAAACGCCAAGUUUGGCAAAAAAAAAAAAAUGCACAGGGGGAAGUGACGCGGAGAGUGCGUGCAGAAGAAAUGGAUACCACGGCGAUUCCGUCCGCCGAUGGCCUUCUUCAGGUGGGCCGAUUUCGUCUCCGCUGAAGGGUGGGAAAAACUCGAAGGAGGCAGCUUGGUUCCCCGAAGGAGGCAGCUUGGUUCCCCGAAGGAGGCAGCUUGGUUCCCCGAAGGAGGCAGCUUGGUUCCCCGAAGGAGGCAGUUUGGUUCCCCGAAGGAGGCAGUUUGGUUCCCCGAAGGAGGCAGCUUGGUUCCCCGAAGGAGGCAGUUUGGUUCCCCGAAGGAGGCAGCUUGGUUCCCCGAAGGAGGCAGUUUGGUUCCCCGAAGGAGGCAGUUUGGUUCCCCGAAGGAGGCAGUUUGGUUCCCCGAACGGGCGCAUCCGUUUUGUGUACACCGCGCGUGGGGGAGACCCCUUUGGUUUUCUCCAUCCCCACGUAUUUUUUAUUUUAUUUUAUUUUUUUUUUUUUUUCAAGUUGAGAAAAUUUCCUUUUAUUUUUGCGCACGAACCAUUUUUAUGUUCCUCUUUGUGCCACCAGACUCCCUGUCAAGCCACCCCCAAAAAGUAAACCCGUUCUGAAUUGCUCUAAACGGGCACCCUU